AUGAAGGCAAACGCGUCGCGUCGCAGUGUGCACAUUGAUCCAUUUCGGGAGAUCACGACCGUGAUCGGGCAAACCACAGGAGAGCAGAAUUUGAGAACUCAGCGUCCAAGGCGCGACACCCGAUCCAGGGUUAUUUGCGGCCGUCUUACAUUCUCCUCUGAUGUGCUAGUCGGCUCGCCCGAGCGAGGCCGGCAGCUCUGUAUCGCUGAGCUGACAUUGCCAGAAAGGUCUCGGUACUUUGGAGGCAACGGCAGCACGAAGCAGGGUCCUGGUACCCUACGACGCGUGGUGCGAGGAGUGCGGCCCCCUGCAGAGAACACCUGGCCUUCGCAUUGCGGUUCUGGAUAA